AUGGCAGCAGCCCGCUGGAAUCAAGCAAUUACGGACUUCAAGCUAGCAAUAAAAUACAAAUAUAACCUUGAACAGCAAUUCAAAAUACAUCAUAAGAUUGGACAAUGUUUUAUAAAAAAGAAAUCUUACAAAAAGGCUGUUUCCAGCUUUACUACAGCCCUUGAACUGGUGAACAAGCAGGCCUUGAACCUGAACGAGAACACCAGGAAGGAGUUCAACAAGAUACUGGUAGACUGUAUCAACAAGUUCUCUGCUAAGGCCGAUGAUGUAAAGAAGACGGUUGAAGAUUUCAAGCCACUUAAUCCAAGCAAUAUAGAUCCAAGAGUUACUGAUCAGGUUGAAGUUCUGGAAACUGUGGGAAAAGGGAGAAAUGCAUUUGCGAAAAAUAAUAUUCCAGUUGGGUCAAUCUUAGCAGUUGUGGAUGCUAUAGGUCCUCAUCUAAAUCCAGAUAAUGCUGCUCAGAGAGAGUUUUUGGAGCCGUCUAGUAGUGGGGACUGGCCAGUUCCAGUAAACAACGAUGUGGAGAAAUUUUCACUGCUGUUCCAGAUGGCGAUGAACGAGAAAGAAGUGUCAGAGGAAACACAUGCUCGCCACUCCCUCGUAGUCGUCCUUCUUCUCAGAGCUUUGAGGAAGACGACAUAUUACAAAGAUGGCGGACUUGAAACUCCAGCUGAAAAGUUUUCUCAACAGGAACUUUUGUUGGGUAAACUCAUGUACAAGCUGAGACUUAUACAGGACAUGAAUUCUCAUCCAAUCUGGGGAGUUAGCAGGUCACAGAAAGAUAAAAUCGGGAAAGAUCAUAUAGGUGCUGGCCUCUAUACUGGGAUUGGAAGCUAUUUUAACAGUGAUUGCAAUCCAAACACAUUUAGGGUUAACAUUGGUAAAAAAAUGUUGCUGAUAGCAUCUAAAAAUAUCAAAAGAGGCCAAGAAGUAAUGGACAAUUACUGCAUUCAUUUUAGCGAGCUGCCAACAGUAACCCGUCGCCCUUGGAUUCAGGAACAUUUUCUGUUUUAUUGUGAAUGUGAAGCAUGCGAAGAGGAUUGGCCGACCUAUUCAAACCUACCUCAAGAUAGACCAAACCAAAAGAUAGCAGAUAAACUAGUUGCUCUGGAGAUGGAGAAUAUUGAGUGUAUUGAGAAAGGAAAUAUUGAUAAAGCUGUGGAAUCUCAUAAAAAAGAGAUUACUUUAAUACAGGGAGGUUUAAGUGAACCUCACCAGCUACCUGUCACAAUUAGAAACAGUUUCCAGUUUUGCUGGUGGAAGAAAGUUGUUCAAUAUCUACAGCAGCUUGAACAAGCAGACCCUGUUAAUGUUUAGUAUCUACAGCAGCUUGAACAAGCAAACACUGUUAAUGUUUAGUAUCUGCAGCAGCUUGAACAAGUAGACCCUGUUAAUGUUUAAUAUCUGCAGCAGCUUGAACAUGCAGACCCUGUUAAUGUUUUGUAUCUGCAGUAGCUUAAACAUGCAGACCCUGUUAAUGUUUAGUAUCUGCAGAAUGAACAAGCAGACCCUGUUAAUGUUUAUCAUCUGCAGCUUGAACAAGCAGACCCUGUUAAUGUUUAGUAUCUGCUGUAGCUUGAACAAGCAGACCUUGUUAACG